AUGUCGAAGACACCAUAUAGCGGAGAAUCAUGGAUAUGGUGGAUUGUCGUUCUUGCCAUGAUAGGCGCGAGGCUAAUAUCCAGAAGACUACUCUUGCGCUCUAUCAACCAUCUCCAGAUUGACGAUUGGGUUAUGGGCUUGUUCGUCACGACGUGCUACACGACUUUCAUUGUGAUUUCUAACAAGUAUCUCAAAGCCGGCUCGAACCUCGAGCCGCCUGGCUUCGACUGGAGCGCACUAAGCGUGUAUGAUAUCUCUCGACGCGUUUACGGUAGCAGACUCAUGAUCGUCGUGGAGCAGAUGCUAGUCCUUGUCAUCUGGGCCUGCAAGGGGUGCCUCCUCGUCAUGUACCACCGCUUGACACGCACAGCGCUGCAUCAAGAGCACAUCGCAAUUAAGCUUCUAGCGGCCUACGUAGUUCUUGGCUUCGUUGUUAUGGAGGUUCUCUACUUCGUCGCCUGGUGUCGUCCGUUUACCGAAUAUUACGCGACGCCGACUGCUUCCAAGCAAUGCGAUACCUUAGUCGACCAUCGCAUCACCAAGACCGUGUUCAACAUAUCCUCGGAUCUCAUCAUGUUAUGCAUCGCACUCCAGAUGCUUGUCCGGUCUUCUUUCCCACUCAAGCGAAAACUUGUCCUUUGCUUCAUCUUCUCGCUGGGCUUAUUCACCAUAGCGGCAGCGGUGUUGAGCGCUUACUACGGAAUUCACGACCCGUACAUACACACUUGGUUGUCCUGGUACCUUCGAGAACUCUCUAUGGCCAUCAUAGUCGCCAACAUACCUUUCACAUGGACCAUCCUUCGCGAGCUUUUCGAGAUAGACGAUUUUAACGGUUCAAGCCCUCAGCCGUGGUCGUAUUACCCAGCCUCGCGGACUACGACGCAUAGCAAUAACGCACGGAUGUCUCAGGCGACUGGGCCGUCCAUGCCGACUGCUCAUACUCGCCGGGAUCGAUUGGCGGUUACCAGCAUUGGCAGUCAGGACACGCAGUGUCCGACACUGAUCGAAUCCCAUUUUGUGAGCAAGGGAUCGGGAGAUUCGCCUACCAAGGGCUUAAAGCUGGAGGUUUCCGGGAGGGAUGAUUUUGCCCAAGUGGGAUCUUAUGACUUUGCGUCGGCGCCGUUACCACAAACUCGCGAUAAGGACGAGAUCUCUCCCGUGACGCCUUGA